GUAUAAAUAGAUAGAGAGAGAAAGAGAAGGACGCACGCGUUUGCCAAAAUUAUCCUCCCACUUGGAACGCGCUUUCGUCGUGCGAUGAUCAGCUGUCAGCACUCAUCUAGGUAUGGAUCACCCACCGCAGAAAAUGGCAAGAUUAGCAAAUCCAUUACCAGAACAAGGAUAUUUCUGUCAUUCAAAUCGAUACUAAUUGACUGUUAGCAUUAAGUAUUUAUUAAAGAAGGUUACUAUUUAUUAAUUAAAGUCUCACUCCUUAUUACAAAACCAUCAAACGACUUCCUAAUCUCACUGCUCUCUCUCUCUCUCCUCUCUCUCCCUUCUUGCGGCAUGUCGCCGAAUUUCAAACCCUAGUCUCUUUCUCUUCUCUCUCUAGCAAUCUGUUCGAUCUGAUAUUUUGUGCUGAUUCAAAGGUAUCAUUUUGAUUUCGUAGAGUUAUCGUCAGUCCAAAAAUGGCUUGAAGUUUCUUCAAUUGGAUCUAUCUCUCUGUUGUUUUGAAGGUCGCUGAAAUUGUUACAUUUUUGCUGACAUUAUUGGCGUAUUUUCCAUGAGGAACACCGACUCUAAGUAUCAUCCAGAGUGGAUUUCUCUUUUGCUUUUCUUGGCCUUUGUGAUUCAUGUAAUCUCAGCUGCCGAUUAUGUACCAACCGAUAAAAUUCUCCUAAACUGUGGGGCAUCCCCGGAAACUACUGAUGCUGAUGGUAGGAAAUGGACCUCAGAUAUCGGCUCAAAGAUUGCACCAGCAGGUGGGAAUUCGUUGACAUCCCCUGCUGCUACUCAAGACCCUUCUGUUCCUGAGGUCCCUUACAUGACCGCUCGGAUUUUCCGAUCUGAGUUCACCUAUAGCUUUCCUGUAGCUUCUGGUCGUAAAUUUGUACGGCUGUAUUUUUAUCCCGCUUCUUAUGCGGGGCUAAAUGCUGCCAAUGCUCUUUUCUCUGUCACUGCUGGCUCAUAUACCCUUCUGAAGAACUUCAGUGUAGCACAAACAACUGAAGCUCUUAACUAUGCUUUUAUUCUUAAGGAGUAUUCUGUCAAUGUCCCAUCCGAGACAUUGAACAUAACCUUCAAACCUUCAUCCAAUAUUAACAAUUCCUAUGCCUUUGUAAACGGAAUUGAGGUUGUGUCAAUGCCUGAUAUAUAUAAUACAGAGGAUGGAUCAUCCUUGGUUGUUGGUCAAGGUUCUCCAUUCCCCAUUGGCAACAGUACUGCUCUUGAAAAUGUGUAUCGUUUAAAUGUGGGUGGAAAUAGCAUUUCGCCCACUGGUGAUACUGGUUUGUUUAGGUCUUGGUAUGAUGAUUCUCCAUAUAUAUUUGGGGCAGCAUUAGGGGUUACAGUGGCUACCGACGCAAAUGUGACUAUCAAGUACCCCUCAGGCAUGCCUACUUAUGUUGCACCAGUUGAUGUCUAUGCCACUGCUAGAACGAUGGGCCCUGAUCCGAACAUCAAUAAAAACUACAAUUUGACUUGGAUCUUCGCAGUCGACUCAGGUUUCUCUUACCUGGUUAGGCUCCAUUUCUGUGAGGUUUUCCAAAAUGUAUCCCAGCUUAAUUUAAGAGUGUUUGACAUAUUCCUUAAUAAUCAAACUGCAAUUGAGGGGGCAGAUGUGGUUGCUUGGGGGGGCAGCAGUGAAGUUCCAGUUUAUAAGGAUUAUAUUGUGCUGGUUCCUGGUGGGCCUCCUCAACAGGAUCUUUGGCUCGCUCUGCAUCCAGACGAUGCCUCAAGGCCCUUUUAUUAUGAUGCGAUACUGAAUGGAGUGGAGAUAUUCAAAAUUAGCGAUGCUUCUGGAAAUCUCGCGGGUCCAAAUCCAAUCCCAGCUCCAAAACAGGAUGUUAUUGACCCAUCAUUAGCUAAACCGUCCUCCUCUUCAGGUCAAUCAAAGAAUCAAAAAGCUAUUAUUGGCGGAGGUGUUGGUGGUGGUGUUGCUGCAAUCCUUCUUGUUGGUUUGUGUGUUUGUGCUGUUUUCCGUCACCGUAGGCGGGGGAAAGACUCAAGUGCUAGCGAUGGGUGGCUACCUCUUUCUCUAUAUGGAAAUUCACACUCUGCAGGCUCUGCAAAGACAAAUACCACAGGAAGCUAUGCUUCCUCUCUCCCUUCAAAUCUUUGCCGCCAUUUUUCAUUUGCUGAGAUCAAGGCUGCCACCAAUAACUUCGAUGAGGCUCUCCUACUUGGUGUAGGAGGUUUUGGCAAAGUUUACAAGGGAGAAAUUGAUGGUGCAACAACUAAGGUGGCAAUUAAGCGAGGGAACCCCCUUUCUGAGCAAGGUGUGCAUGAAUUUCAAACUGAGAUCGAGAUGCUUUCAAAACUUAGACACCGUCACCUUGUUUCACUGAUUGGUUAUUGUGAAGAGAACUGUGAGAUGAUCCUUGUCUACGAUUAUAUGGCCCAUGGAACCCUUCGUGAGCAUCUAUACAAGACCCAAAAGCCACCUCUUCCAUGGAAGCAGAGGCUCGAGAUAUGCAUUGGUGCUGCUCGUGGUUUACACUAUCUCCACACUGGUGCAAAGCACACUAUUAUCCAUCGUGAUGUUAAGACAACCAACAUCCUCUUGGAUGAAAAAUGGGUGGCAAAGGUUUCUGAUUUUGGGUUGUCGAAAACAGGUCCUACAUUGGAUCACACUCAUGUUAGCACUGUUGUGAAGGGUAGUUUCGGUUACUUGGAUCCAGAGUACUUCAGGCGGCAGCAACUGACAGAAAAAUCUGAUGUUUACUCAUUUGGAGUUGUACUUUUUGAGAUCCUAUGUGCUCGGCCAGCUUUGAACCCAACACUUCCAAAGGAACAAGUAAGCUUGGCUGAGUGGGCGUUGCAUUGCCAGAAGAAGGGCAUUCUUGAUCAGAUUAUUGACCCGUAUCUGAAGGGGAAGAUUGCGCCAGAGUGCCUCAAAAAGGUUGCUGAAACAGCAAUGAAAUGUGUGUCGGAUCAGGGGAUUGAGAGGCCGUCAAUGGGUGAUGUGCUGUGGAACCUUGAGUUUGCUCUGCAGCUUCAAGAGAGUGCAGAGGAGAAUGGGAAGGGUCUCGGAGGUGUGGACAUCGAAGAGGGCUCAUUUGAUGUAGCCUGUAAAGGAAAGAAGGAUCCAAACACAUCCCCAGGUUUUGAUGGCAUCGUCACGGAUUCAAGGAGCAGUGGGAUGUCGAUGAGCAUAGGUGGGCGGAGCUUAGCUAGUGAAGAUUCAGAUGGGUUGACGCCAAGCGCAGUGUUCUCACAGAUCAUGAACCCGAAAGGACGUUGAGAUCAGUUGAUAGCAAAAGCCUGUGGUUGCUGAUUUUCAUCGCGGUAAUGUACCUUCCAUUGUUGGUUAAACACAGAAGUUAAAAUUUUAUGUCCCUGUUGUUAUCUUAUUCAUUUACUUAAUAUUUAAUGUUUUGGGCAAAUUCACCUGUAAGUUGUAUCUGCAAUUAGUCUGAGUGUGAAAAUAAUUUGUUUUAAUUCCUAAUCUUAAUUUGUUGAAAUUCCUAA